AUGUUGGACAGACUACCCCCCGAGCUUGUUGGUAUCAUCUUUAACGAUUGUGACCGUCCAACACGGAUACGCGUCUUGCAGUGCUCCCAGGGGUUUCGGAAAGCCUUCAGACCACGGAUUUAUCGGCACAACGUUCUGUCAGAACGCUGUUCUGCUGCUCGAUGGGCAGUGAUUCACUGCCGUGAUGAUGCCGUGGCAUUCCGCGUAGUCGAGGCAUCGGUGUAUGCUGGGAUGGAUGUUUGGGCCCCGCAGUUCGCCAUCACGCUGGCCGACAUGUUCUCAGUGCGGUUUGUAUCGAAGCUUUCACGAAUUCUGGGUCAGUCUGCUGCUAGCCUGUCCCCAUUUGCCGUCGCCGUUCUCAAGCGAAGAGAGGAACUCGUCACGUCUAUUCUUAGCAUGACGAGUGCAACGGAAUGGCACUGGGACAAGUUGCUUGCUCCAGAUAUCACGACGUAUCUGGGAAAGUUGACAGGAGAUCAGCCGUCAUCAAGUAGCCAACUUACGCCUCUUCAUAUUGCCUCCGCCACCGGUCUGGACGCUGUCGUCAAGCGGAUCCUCGGGAAAACGGCACCGGGGGUGGUCUCGAAAGAGGCGCGUGGCCCUACCCCGCUGUCCUAUGCGGUACAGUGCCCGCUUGCACGUAGUUCAACCAUCCGACUACUCCUUCGACAACAGACCGAUGUUUAUGGCAGGAUAGCCCCCGAGAACCACGCGGACCGCCUCUUGGAACACUGUUGCCGAAAUGGCCUAUUUCGCCUUGCCGCAUGUUUCCUUGAACGUGAAGUACGAUGUGACCUGCAACAUCUCCUUCGCUUGGCUCUUCUGGCUCCCCCGGUGUCUCUUCCGGGGAGAUCCAGCUCCGAUAGAGACGUCUUGAUUCGGAGGCUGAUUUGA